AUGAUCUGUGCAAACAUAACUGCGACAAAAUAACAAAAUUCGUCACCGACCAAAUUUCAAUGAACCGCCUCGUUUCUCAACACGACUGGAAAUUGCCAGUUUUUCAACCAAAUAGUAGUGGGACGCAUAAAAGGGCGGCGAGCGUGGAAGUCGGCAGCAGUUGUCGCCCUUCGGCUGCUCACGACGCUCGUGGAGAGAUGGACUCGCCAGUCAAGACCAACAAGGCGCGCCUGGCCAGGACUCGGCUGGUCCUUGUCCUCGGCAUCCUCUCCAUCAUCAUCGGCCAGAUAGGCAGAAACGGUGAUCGUCGGCGGCCACAACUGGCCGCCUACGUUAGGCCCAACAGGCCGUCCAUGUUCACAAUCAAAAGAGGCAGCAGACUGAUUGUCAAUAUUGACGACUUGGUGAACAAAACUUCAACGGAACCUUUCACCAUGAAACAGACGACCGACCUUGAUCCAUUGAUGAUUUCUGAGAUGUUCAUUCAAAAGGACGCCUCUCGUCUUUGAGGGUAAAAUGCAAACAAGCUAUGAGAAUGGAAGUCCAAUAGAAUAAGCUUAUGAAAAAACGGAUUUUGUAAAUCUCAUAACAUUUUAAGUAACCAAAUCGGUAAGAAAUCACAAGAGCGAGAGAGAAGUAGAACUGAAGUAGAAGUCGUUUGCAAAGAAAUAAUGACAAAGCAGUGCGAGGGCUGCGAUUUUGACACGGAUUUGACACGCGCCAAGAAAACAAGAUCACAGGCGCAUCCACGGUUCAUUGUAAUAAGACAUAAAUUUGUGUUGGGUAAACAUGGCUCUUUUUUGUGAGCGUCCAAUAUAGAUAAACAAAAUGACAAGAAAUUAAACAAAAAAAAAUGACGAUUUUUAAGAAAGAAUUAAUGGUGUUAGACAUUUAAGAAAAAUAAAAUGCACACUUUAUUCUUAA